AUGUUGUUCACCGUCGCUGUAGCUGACAUCCAGAUUACCGUAGUCAACCAAUGUUCCCAGACCAUCUGGCCAGGUGUGUGGAGCCAGGCUGACAUUCCUGAGAAUGGUGGGUUCGAAUUGGCAGCUGGAGCUCAACAAGUCCUAACUGUACCAACUGGAUGGACUGCUGGUCGUAUCUGGGCCAGAACUGGUUGUACUGGCUCUGGUACUAGUCUCACGUGCGAAACUGGUGCUUGUGGUAAUGGUUUGCAAUGUAAUGGUACCACUGGUGCUACUCCCGCUAGUUUGGCUGAAAUUACCAUGACGUCUACUACUGGCGGCAAUGAUGUGUAAGUAGUAAUAUUAUAUUGUAGUAUGUAACUUAUAUCAAUAUAUUAUUGCAUUGUAGUAUAUUUUGUACAUCAAUGUAAUUUCUCUUCUUUAGAUACGAUGUAUCCUACGUUGAUGGCUCCAACAUUCCAGUAGUGAUGCAACCAGUCGAUGGUACCUUUACUCCAGAUUCCUCUCAAGGUCAAUACUACUGUGCUGAAGCUGGCGCUUGUUCCCAAGACCUCAAGACUGUGGUCGUCGCUGAACUUCAAGAUAAUGUGAAUGGCCAACUGGUCGGUUCUCUCUCCGCUUGUCUGGCUACUGGAGAUGCUCAAUAUUGUUGUACUGGAGCCUACGAUACGCCAGAAACCUGCCCCACCUCCAACUUCCCUCCCCAGUACUACUCCGACCUGAAGGCUGUGUGUCCAACUGCUUACAUGUAUGCUUAUGAUGACACGACGUCUACCUUCUCGUGCAAAGGCAGCAGCAACCCAUCUCCUGAUUACACUGUCACUUUCUGCCCUGGAGGCGUUGGAUUGUAA